UGAAAGUCACUUUCCUUAAACCAUUGUAUUGCUGAUGGCGACUAUUAAAAUACUCCGAUUGCUUCUAUUCUUCUGUAAUAUUGUGAUUAUAGUAACUUCGACUAAUUGGUAUUAUAAAGCAAAAGGUGAUAAGAAAUUUGUAGAACAUAUCGAAUUUACAUCUUAUGUUAUGCAAUCAACAGUGCAAUGUGCCGCAAAGUGUAACGAUUGGGAACCUUGUCGAGAAUUUGGAGUCAGUCCUCUAAUAGAGAAUACUACUGAUACUGAUUAUAACUGUAUGUUGUCUUCCGGUAAUGCUGGAUGUAGAGGAAAUGAAUCGAAUUGGCAAAGUUUUAGAAAAUAUUUUACUGGAGUGGAGAAGUCAAUUGUAGAAGAUACUUGUAAAUUCAUUCUAAAGGAACAAGUAGCAAAGAAUGCAGCAUCCAAAGGAAAAUAUGCAAUAUUUUGUGAUGGGUAUAACAAGGUACCAAAAACUAAAACAUUCUUCUUUGAAAUCAGGUUUCUAAAUUCUGCUUCUCGAAAGGUUGAUGCGUAUAAUUUUGUCACCGUUGGCAAUCAUAAAAUAUAUAAUAUAAGUGCAUCUAGGGAUAAUUUCAAUUUUGAAAAAUCUGACGGAACAAGUAAACUAGUGUGUCCAGAACAAGCUGCCGUCGUGGAAAUCGUAGUAAAUGCUAAAUCGGAAUUUACUAGUAUGGCUUGUAGAUACGUAUUGAAGAAGUAUAUAUUAGGAAAAGAAGUUGAAAUAGAAAUUGUUCAAGAUACAGAUACUGAAGAAUGGAUUGCAAAAUGCCCUAUUUUUCGAAAUGGUAUUCAUGUUUUGAUCGGUUUCCAGUUUCGAAAUUCUGCUUCUAGAAAUAUUGAAGCGUAUAAUUUUGUCAACAUUGGCUCUAAGAAAAUAUUAGAUUUAAAUGCACCUAGAGAUGAUUUUGCUUUUCCCAAAUCUGGGGGGACAAGUAAACUAGUGUGUCCAAAACAAGCUGUCAUCGUGGAAAUCGUAGUAAAUGCUAAAUCGGAAUUUGCUACUAUGUCCUGUAGAUACGUAUUGGAAAAGUAUAAAUUAGGAAAAAAAGUUGAAGUAGAAAUUGUUCAAGAUGAGGUUACUGAAGAAUGGAUUGCAAAAUGCCCUACUUUUCAAAAUGGUAUUCAUGUCUUGGUCGGUUUCCAGUUUGACGGUCAUAUGAUAUCACGUAUUAUAUGUUCUGUUUUAAAACAUAAGUAA